UUUCAUUUCCUGUCUGAUUGAUGAGAGAGAAACAAAAUCAAACAAUAAAGACAAAUCCGCGAUUUGAAAGAGAACAACAACUCACGUCGAAAACCAUUUCCACGCAACCCCACACCUCACGACACCCUUUUUCUAUUGGUCUAAAUUUAUAAACUCAACGCAGAGGAAGAAUUCUUGAAAUUUGACAAGCUGAUGUUGCUGUGUUUUUCGUGUACAGAUGGAGGACGAAUUAGAAGAAGAAGAGGGAUGUAUAUCUUAUGUUUAUGUAAAUGAUCAUCGUAUAUUUGUGCUUAUGUCGUAAAUAAUUGGAAUAUUGAAUUUGUACUGUGAAAAUUAUGGUGAAAGAGAAAAGGGAUAUUAGGCCGGAGCUUUUGAAAUUUGGGGUUGCUUUUGCUCUAUCUCUUGGUGGGAUUCUUUAUACCCUUUUCAAAAACAAAAAAAUCAAACCAGAUAAAUCUCAACCUCCACAGCCUUCUCAAGAUGUGGGAGGGGAAAGUCGUGAGCUAGAGAAUGAUGACGAAUUUCUUCACAAAUCACCAAAUUCCCGCAAUUCUCCUGAAAUUUCACUCGGAAAAUAUGUUACUUCUGGAAAUUCCACCAAGGAUCUCUCUCCGAAUGCUAGAUACAUAGGAGAUAGAGACGGUUAUCUCUUGCCAGAAUUCGUUGAUCUUGUAAAGGAAUGUGAUUCAACUGUCAAAGCAACUGGUAUAUCUCCACGGAAAAAUAUGGAAACUCAAGCUCUCGAUGUAGAAUCACCCCGGGGAUGCAAAUACAUUGAACAUGAGGAACCCGACAGAGAGAUUAGGAGCCUAAAGAGCAAGGUUAAAAUGCUCCAAGAGAGGGAGAGGAGCCUGGAGAUUCAACUUCUCGAGUAUUACGGCCUUAAAGAGCAGGAAACUGCAGUUAUGGAGCUGCAGAACCGGCUAAAAUUGAACAAUAUGGAGGCUAAACUUUAUAAUCUUAAGAUCGAGUCCUUACAGGCCAACAAUAGAAGACUAGAGGCCGAAGUGGCUGAUUAUGCACAAGUCGUGUCUGAACUAGAAGCUGCAAAGGCCAAGAUAAAGCUGCUAAGGAAGAAACUUAGGUCUGAAGCUGAACAGAAUCGGGAACAGAUCUUGACUCUUCAAGAAAGAGUAAUGAAGCUGCAGGACCAGGAAAUGAAUGGUGUAAAAAAUGACCCCGAUAUGAAAUAUAAGCUUCAAAAAUUGAAGGAACUCGAGGUCGAAAUAGAAGAUUUGAGGGAGUCGAAUCAUGGCCUGAAGCAGGAAAAUUCUGAAUUGGCUAAGAAAUUGGAGUAUCUACAAAUGAUUGCUACUUCCGCUUUAGAUAAUGAAGAGCAGACUCAAGCACAUAAAAAAGAGAGUCACCAUUUAAGACAACAAAACGAAAAUUUAACCAAGGAAAUUGAACAGCUCCAAGCUGAACGGUGCAGUGAUGUUGAGGAACUAGUUUAUCUUCGAUGGAUAAAUGCUUGCUUACGCUAUGAAUUGAGGAAUUAUCAACCAGCCCCUGGUAAAACAAUUGCGAGGGACCUUAGUAAAUCGUUGAGCCCAAAAUCAGAGGAGAAAGCGAAACAGCUCAUUCUUGAAUAUGCAAAUAAAGAAGGUUCAACUGAGAAGGGGAUCAAUAUUGCAGAUUUUGAUUCAGAUCGAUGGUCAUCUUCCCAGGGUUCUUUCCUUUCUGAAUCUGGUGAUGGUGAUGAUUCUUCUGUUGACACCUCAUUGGCUAACAAAACCAGCACUUCGAGCAAAACAAAAGUUUUUAGCAAACUGAUGAGGCUUUUACGAGGAAAAGAUAAUCUGCAUCAUAGUCGGGGUUCACCUCUUGAUCGAACUACAUCUGUUGAAGAUAAAGUUGGAAGAUGUUUCAGUGAUUCUCAAGGGUACAAUCCCAGUGGUCCACUAGAUAUAGAUCCUGGAGCUGAUGGCCACACCCAAAGAUUGAAAAAUUCAUCUGAGCGUUUGUAUAGACAUUCUUUGGAUCUACAGAGAUCUUAUUCCCAUGAUUCGAAGACCCUUAAAGGGGAAGGUAGCGGUUACUCACGAAGAAACAGUGACGAUAGUUCCUUGAGUAUUUAUAGAAGAAUUGACUCGAUCAGGGAAGAGGUAAACGAUUCUUCACCUGCUAGUCAACUUGAUCAAGAUGCACCAAAUGUAGAGAAAACUGAACUGGUAAAGUACGCCAAAGUUUUGAAGAACUCUCGUUCAAGAUCAUCUUCUCGGAGAAGAUCUGCCUUGUUUAGUUCUUUUUGACUCAAUUUCCUUUUGGUUUACUUCCAGCCCUACCAGGUUAAAAAUAUCGAUAAAUUGUCCGGCCCUGUGUUUAGUUAAGCUGCAUACUUCAAAGUUAGUUCAAUGUACAAUGUACAUAGAAAUUUUGUGGGCUUGAUAGAUUUUUAGAAAUCUAUUAAAGAAAAUUGUGGAUUUCGUAUUGUGUUGUUUCA